AUGUCUCAUCGUCAAACAGUUCUCUUAGAUUCUUUGUCUACUGAGCUCUCUCAGCAGCUCAAGGAUCGCAUAGAUAAAAUCCUACUGGAGAUCAUACAGCCGAACUUUGCGUCUCAAUUUGCGCAGGGCGCUCCCGAAUUAGCGGGGUUCCGCGAGGCCAUCGCGCAGAGCGACUCGAAGGAUGAUAUCAACUUCCUACGCAGCUUCCGAGAAUUCAUUCCCAUCACAAACUACGAACCUUAUAGGCCGUUUAUAGCAAAGUUUUUGGCGACUCCUUGCAUGGAGGCUGACGUCAAGAACAUGUUCGCCCUGGGACUGCCCUACUUCUUAGCCAUGACCAGCAUGGCAUCUAGCAACGCACCAAAGUUGUUUCCAAAGUAUCGGCCUCCCCUGCACCUUUUACAGCAAUCCUCGUAUCAGGGUUUUUUCCCGUCAGAUGGUACCACCUUAGCACCAUUCUCUUUGAGACAUCGGCAAGUCUUAAAGAUAGAUUGCGAGGAUGGUCAGAGCUCCAAGGAUGUAGCUGUCUGCUCUACGAGCAUCGGUAUUUUGCGAAUGGGAAUGAACUGGGACGUUGAGCAUGAUAAGAAUAGACUCGAUCUGUGGGUUCCGGGAAGAACGGAACCAUAUGCGAUAUCUUUGGUUAAAAACCAUCGCACUUUAUUUAUUCUGAAUGCGCUAUUUGCACUGGCGGACCGUCGAGUGACAACCAUCCGGUUCUUAUUUGCCAAUGUGUUCGUCAUUUUUUUGCAGUACGUGGAAGAUGAAUGGACUUUACUUGUCGAAUGCAUCGAAAAGGGUAUCAUCCCGGAUGUUGAAGACCUAGGUGAUCUGCGAGCACCUUUAGAGAGACAUCUUACUCCCCACCCUGUUCGCGCUGCUGAACUUCGGGAAAUCGGGCCUCCUGUCAUCCAGGGCUGGGCAGUCUGCGUGUGGCCUGACUUGAAACAAUUCGUUGGGAUCACUGGAGGUCAGGCUGCUGUUCCUGUUCCAAAGGCACGUCAAAUUACUCACUUCCUCGGACCUUCCAUUACCAUCAAGUCCCAUGGGUAUGGUACUGCAGAAUGCGGUCUCGCUAGGGUAUACCCUGAAGGCAACCCUAAUACUGACUUCAAGGUGACGUUUAGAGAUGGGGUCGUCGAGUUUCUGGACGUGCGUUCCAACGAGCCUUCAGGCCGUGUAUUGUCCGCUUGGGAACUCGUAACUGGUGGGCACUACGAGCCCGUCGUGACGACCCGCAAUGGCUUGUGGAGAUAUCGCGUUGCUGAUGUUAUCACCGUUAAAGGCUUUGCCCCAGAUGACGGCCUACCGAUUAUCAAUUACCUUCAUAGGCGAGAUGACUUGCUUGGAGUGGCAUCUAGAGCAUCAUGUACAGAGUCGCAGUUAACGGAUGCGAUCGUCUCUGCCGCUCAACAAUCGAUCGGCCAGAUCGUAGCUUUCACCAUUGUGCUGGACGAUCGAGAUAAGCCUGUCACUUAUGGGUACUUGGUAGAGCUUGCAGGGGAACUAAGACAGAAUGCGAGAAUGGCGAUAAAUCAACUGUUUGAAAAUCUUAUCUCAGCAAGCGAUGAUUACAGCCUCGUUGUUUGGCAAGGCAAGGCAAGAAGGCCUACCAUCCGUAUCGUGAACAAAGGCACCUUUGCAGAAUAUCAUAGGCAGAAAUGCGAGCAGGCGAACAUCACGGUUAGUCAAGUGAAAGUUCCCGUCGUCGUAUUUGACCCAGCGAUGAAGGAAUGGCUCCUGGAGCGAGUUAUAACUGAAUUGUAA